UGACCGCGAGACUUCGCGCGGAAGGACGUAUGGAGACGACUUUUUGUCGCUCGUCGGGCUCCGCGGAAAACUUUUCGUCGUAUCGUCAGUGAUAAGUAUCUAGUGUGUGUGGCUAUUUUAUUUUAUUUUCCAGUGCGUUUUUGAGUGGUUGGUGAAGAUAUUUAUUUGAGUAGUGUCAGCCAAAUGAGUGGUCCGGCGUGACCGCUGCAUCAACAGGAUGCACCAAUGUUCGCUCUUCAUACUCACUCUCCUAUGCGUCUCCGUGAAAGAUAUAUCCGGUAGCUGGGAAGAAUGGUGGACUUACGACGGGAUUUCAGGUCCCGGCUUCUGGGGUCUGAUCAACCCGCAAUGGAGCAUGUGCAACAAGGGUCGUCGCCAGAGCCCCGUUAACAUCGAGCCAGAUAAACUCCUGUUCGACCCCUGGCUCAGGGACAUACAGUUUGACAAACAUAAGGUCAGCGGUGUUCUCCAAAACACAGGCCAAUCCCUGGUCUUCCGAGUGGAGAAGGACUCGAAGCAUCAGGUGAACAUUAGCGGGGGUCCACUGUCAUACCGCUACCAGUUCGAGGAGAUCUACUUCCACUAUGGCAUGGAAGAUAACAGGGGCUCUGAACAUCAGAUAGACCAUCAUACGUUUCCUGGAGAGAUUCAGCUGUACGGUUUCAAUAAGGAGUUGUACCACAAUAUGUCAGAGGCUCAGCACAAAUCUCAGGGUAUUGUUGGCAUCUCACUCAUGGUGCAGGUCGGCGAGCCAUUCAACGCGGAUUUUAGGCUGAUUACUAGUGCGUUCAACAAAGUUACUUACAGAGGUGCCUCAUUCCCCAUAAAGCAUUUACCUCUUAGUUCGUUACUGCCGAACACACAGCAGUACCUCACUUACGAAGGGUCCACUACUCAUCCUGGCUGCUGGGAGACGGCCGUGUGGAUCAUCUUCAACAAACCCAUUUAUAUUUCUAAGCAGGAGAUGUACGCUCUGCGUCAGCUGAUGCAGGGGUCCCAACUGACCCCUAAGGCCCCGCUGGGCAACAACGCGCGCCCAGUGCAGCCCCUACACCAUCGCACUGUUAGAACCAACAUUAACUUCAAUAAGCAAGGACUUCAGGGUUCAAACAACUGUCCAGACAUGUACCGGAAUAUGCACUAUACAGCCGUAGAAUCGUCAGAUGAUCUCAUAUCUGUGUCUGCGUCUGACCCAACAUUGAAAAUGACUUCAAUUGAACCUCCUACAAAUGAAGAAACUAAUUCAACUACUACCAGCAACCCAGUGGCCCAAGGAACACAACUUGCGGUACAGAAGCGUUGAUGACCUCGCUCUCGCUCAUAAUUAAAAUAUGUAUAUGUCCUUUUGUUCAUUUAUUACCUAGAUAUUAAUAUUUACUAAAAUCGUAAACUUCAUUAUAUGAGUUGAACUAUAAACAUUCUGAUAAUUUGGUUAUUGUUUACCUAAAAACAUUUUUGGUUUCGUAAGUUUCUAUGUAAUUUCAAUUAUGUAGGUAUGAUUAUAAGAAAAAAAAUUAUACUUAAUUAAGAAUUGUAUAACUUUAAAUACCAUACCAAAAAACUAUUUUAUUCGAUUGUAAAUAUAAGAAAAUAUAUAAACUUUAGCAUGUAGUCUAUGAAAAAAAUACUUACAAAGUUCCACAGGUAACGUAAUCGUACAGUAGACUAUUGUAAUCGUCGUGUAGACUAUAUUAUUAUUGUCAAUCAUUGCUUAUGUAAAUAAUUAAAAAAUACGUCGCCUAUAUUAAGCACAGCUGAUUUUUCAUUUGAGGAUUUUAUAGUUGAAAUUUUUAAUAAACUUAGAUAAUUCUCGCUAUAAGAAACUCCGUGCAAUUACGCCUCAAAACGAGGCGACCGACUUUUGGCGAGGCAGCCGUGACGCCUUGUCUGCUUAAAUGAUAUAACAACUAACCUAACCUAACUGUACUAAUCGAACGGACUUUUAUCAAUUAGAAUUUACUAUAUAAUAUAUUGUAACCAAAAGGCACGGUAAAAAAUAAAAUUCUUGCUAUAUAGGGUGGUUGGUAAUUAGUUACCGAUGCUUGAAUACGUGAUUCUACUUAUGAUCACAAAUAACUUUCGAAACUUUUUUUAUUCUCAUUGAGAGAAGGCGCAAAGGUUUCAGUUUCAGACAGCUGUUUUGCUAUUCUGAUUAAACUAAUGAGUAGAAAAAAAUUCUGUUGUGAAAUUUGGUUUCUCAUGAGUAGAGUCACGUGCUUAAAAGUAUCGGUCAUUAAUUACCAGUUACCCUGUAUAAAGAAAAUUAUUACACAACUUCGUCUACAUACAUUGCCUCCCAUCCUCAUCCUCCGAGCCUUUUUCCCAACUAUGUUGGGGUCGGCUUAUAGGGCACAUACAUUGCCUAUCACGUCUAAUAUGGCAAAACACAAGCAUGUAUGAAAACGAAUUAAUUCAUUAUAAAAAUAAAAUGUAAUUAGACCUUAUAAAAAAUAAUUAUAAAUCGUCAAUUGUGUAGACAAUAUUUCCAAACAAACAAACGGUAUAAUCUUUAAGCAAUAUACAUUAAACCAAGCUUUGAAUCUUAUAUAUCUUUCACCUUGUACUAUGUAAAGUAUAUAGCUGUUAUGUAGACUUAUAAAUGUAUAUAGGAAUGUAUAUAAUAUAAAAAUAUGAUUUCAAUAAUAUAUUAAAGUGAAGUAUCAUAAUUCGUCCACACUAUUAAGUGUAUUUAUGGCAAAAAUAUGACUGUAAGGCUUCUAAUAUAAUAUGUAGGUUAUGCCACAUAAAGUAAACAAACAAAAUAUAAAAAUUAUAUUAUUUGGUAGAAAGUCGAGUUGUAAAAAACAUAGUUUCAAAUGAAUUACGAAAAUAAAAAUUUUGCUUAGCAGGCUUUCCUUUAUAUAUAUAUUUGCUUUACAUAUAAAAUAAUACAUAAACAAAAAAUGCUUAACACUAGAUUGGUAUACAUAUAAAAUUAGGCCGUAGAUAAAUAUAUUAUGUAGACAUUGGCAAAUUAGAAUUAAAAAGAAAAAAACUAUUUAUAUCAAAACUCCGGUAAAAAAAGCUAAAAUUAGGCUAAAACAAAAGGUGUGUUUUUGUUAACGUUUUUGGUAAAAAUAUAUAAAUUACUAUACGAUUACUGUAAGUGACUGUAAUGUACCUAUGGAAUUAAAUGUAGUAGUUUAGACGCCUGUGUUGUCAUUAUGAGUUAAAUAAUAAAACGUUUAUCAGAA